UGGUUCUAUGAGCAUCCAUGUGAAGUUAGAUAUUGGCCAUGGGGUUUGUCCUUAAAGUUUAGGAAAUGCCUUACACAACCUUUGAAUUUUAGUACCUUAGGAAUCAUGGACCAUACUCAUGUUGUGUUUCAUAGAGAAUUCCUAUUGAAGUACUACCCAGAGGAUGUUUAUACGAAGAAGGAGAUCGAAUAUCUAGAACUGAAACAAGGGAAUUUAUCGGUAGCUGACUAUGCUGCCAAGUUCGUGGAAUUGAAGAACUAUUAUCCUCAUUACAGCGAAGAGACUGCUAAAUUCUUAAAGUGUAUGAAGUUUGAAAAUGAAAUGCGUUCAGUAAUCAAGAAGGAAAUUGGGUAUCAGCGGAUCCAUAAAUUUCCAGAACUAGUGAACAACUGCAGGAUUUAUGAAGAAGACAAUGUGAAAUUCUGGCAACAGAUACUUAAUGUCACAGUGAAUGUUAUGACACCGUAUCUGACAAAUUGUACACACACAAAACAGUAA